GACCUCCUCGCCGAGUUCCGGCGCCAGGGCGUGCUCGACGACCACCGCUGGCGCCUCACGGAGACGAACGCGCUGUACGCGUUGUGCCCCACGUACCCGUCGACCCUGGUGGUGCCGGCGGCGCUGACCGACGCCGUGUUAGCCGACGCCGCGCGCUGGCGGUCCAAGGCGCGCGUGCCCGUGCUCACGUGGUACAACCGGGCGUCGGGCGCGCCGAUCUGCCGGAGUAGCCAGCCCCACGCGGGCUUGACGGACAAGGACGACGGCGACAGCGACGACGACGUCGUCGAGAUCUCCGCCGUGUCGCCCAAGGCCCGCGGGACGGGCGCGCCGGUCCUGCGCAUCGUCGACUGCCGGCCCGUGCUCAACGCCAAGGCGAACGCGGCCAUGGGCAAGGGCCACGAGGUCAUGAGCCGCCUCGGGGGCAAGGAGUCCGCGACGCUCGAGUUCCUGGACAUCGCGAACAUCCACGGCAUGCAGGAGUCGUUCCGCGUGCUGCGCGAGGCGCUGGGGGCGCCCGACGAGGGCGACGGCGUCUACCGCGCGGUCCACGACUCGCGCUGGCUCAAUCACGUGUCCCUCCUGCUCCGAGGCGCCGUCGCGGUCGCGGACCACUCCGCGGGCGGCGACCCGGUCCUCGUGCACUGCUCCGACGGCUGGGACCGGACGGCGCAGGUCUGCGGGCUCGCCCAGUUCCUGCUGGAUCCGUAUUGUCGGACCAUCGACGGCUUCGGGGUGCUGGUGGAGAAGGACUGGUGCGCGUUCGGCCACAUGUUCCGGGAGCGGGGGGGGUUCGGUAGCGAUCCCCAACAGGAGACGGGCCCCAUCUUCCUCCAGUUUUUGGACGCCGUGUCCCAGAUCAUGUGGCAGUGCCCGACGGCCUGCGAGUUCACGGAGGAGUUCCUGGAAGUGUUGGCGGACGCGGAGCGGAGCCGGUGGUUCGCGAACUUCCUCCGCGACUCGGACCGCGACCGCGCGCGGGAGAACUCCGGGUCGCCGCGGGGCCCCGGCCGCACGCCCCGGGGCGCGGCGCGGCCGCGGCCGGAGGAAAACGACGAGGCCGUGUCCAUCUGGCGCGUCUUCGCCUUCCAAAGGGACCGGUUCUCCAACGCGCUCUACGACCGCGACGGCGCGAAGGCGCUGCGCUGUGUGCAAAUCAAAUCUUCAACUCGACUUCAAUGUGAUCGUAUUCGAAUGUUUUGA